GAAGAAACUCUGACCAGUUGCUUGAAGCCACGGACAUCAUCCAGGACAGAGACUUUUGCCUUUGAACUGAACUGUUGCCUGCUGGUCUCCUUCACUUCUCCCCAAAAAGACUCUGUUUCCCAAAGGAAUCCUCAACUCCAUCGUUCUCUAACAGCGAUCAGCUCACUGAAUUCUGUGUUGUGUAACUGUUGUUGUGUGCCUCCUUUAUCAACUGGAAAAUGUCACCGAGAAUGUUGUUUUGUUGUGCUGUUACCCUGUGUCACCUGGUUAUUGUUACUGAUACUCUGUAUGACAGCCAUCAUGAUGUGCACAAGGACAACACUUUUCUGAAGACGGCUCAUGGGUUAGCCCAGGCCAAGCGUAAGCAUUCGUGUUGGGUAUGCGGGUUAAUGCCAUCUGCCUCUGAAGUGUAUCCUUACAUAGCCAUCCCCUUUACCAUCCCAGAGUAUGUAGCUGCCUUUAACAGUACUACAAAUGGUUCCCCUGAUGACAUCUUUCCCAAUCCUCCAUGGGCCAGAGGGCCCCCAUCUAAGCUUAAAUUGAGUUAUGCCCCACGUGGUGUGAUCUGUUGGGUGGCCGACAAGAAUGGACGGUCGGUGGUAGGUCAGAGCAUCUGCCCAUAUGAAGUUCAGGUUGGACAGACUGAACUUUCCAUUGAACAGUCAGGUGAAGUGGUCCUUAUUCCCCUUCCCCCGAUGAUGCGUGUUCCAGGUGGGACGCCAGGAAGCACGGUCGUCACUAAUGCACUAGCCCCUGUACGUGGUUCCAUGUUUGUGUGUGGACAGUAUGCAUAUUCCUAUCUUCCCCCUAAUUGGCAAGGCUCUUGUUAUUUAUCUUAUGUUGUUCCAGCUGUGAGGAUUGUGGGGAGGGAACAUUUGGUGGGUGAGUCAACAUCCAUACACCCUAGGACUAAGCGUGACGCUUUUGGGGGUCACAGUACUGUUGCAACCCCGACACAGAGAUUCUUUGCCGCUUUAAUUCCAACUUAUGGCCUAACGGUGGCGCUUGAUGAGAUUAGAGAUCUGGUACACAUUGUUGAUGUAGUAGCUAAUGACACUGCACGUGCUCUUUCAGACAUUAACCGAGAACUGUAUGCAGUAAGACAGGUUGCCCUUCAGAAUAGACUCUGCCUGGACGGGUUUUGGCCAGUAAGGGGAGGUGCUUGUGCUCUGAUUGGACAGGAAUGCUGUACUUAUGUGCCUGACUUCGACCGGUAA